GUGUAGCGCGUCUUCUCUUUCUUUCACCCGAGCCGACGGAGGAACGAAUCGAACUCAAAAGCUUUGCAGAGAGAGAGAGAUCUUCGUUUAGAUCCCCUGGAGGAAUCGCGACAAUGGCGGAAAAGGCAGUGACGAUCAGAACCCGAAAAUUCAUGACCAACAGACUUCUCUCAAGGAAGCAGUUCGUUAUUGAUGUUCUUCACCCUGGAAGAGCCAAUGUUUCAAAGGCUGAGCUGAAGGAGAAGCUAGCAAGGAUGUACGAGGUCAAGGACCCAAACGCCAUAUUUGUUUUCAAAUUCAGAACCCAUUUUGGAGGUGGUAAAUCAUCCGGGUUUGGUUUGAUCUAUGACAAUGUCGAGAGCGCUAAGAAGUUCGAACCCAAGUACAGACUUAUCAGGAAUGGUCUUGACACCAAGAUCGAGAAAUCAAGGAAACAAAUUAAGGAAAGGAAGAACCGUGCUAAGAAGAUCCGUGGUGUUAAGAAGACCAAGGCUGGUGAUCCCAAGAAGAAGUGAGAGAUCACAAGCUAGUAUCAGUCAUUUUCUUUUCUUCAUAAUCGAACUUUUAUGUUCAUCUUAAAGUUCUUUGUUUGCAAUUAGAUUUUCUCUGCAACUAAGACAAUCUAAACAUAAUCAAAGGUUUUUGUUCAAUACUA